GUGACGACCUCGAAUCGUCGGUGUCGCGGGGUGUUUUCAAUCAUUGUAUCCCUAACCUUUCGUCUGUUAACCGUUCUCUCUCUCCUCACCAUUGUUUUUCUUACCAUCAACAACGUUACCUCGCCGUCGUGACCGUGUGCAAUGUCGAAGUGGGGCGUCUCGAAUCGCGGCCGAUUUCGCGUCGCGAUCGACAGUGUCCGUUGUUCCUAAAUAAAGCAGGAUCGUUGUGCCGUUGUGUCCAAGAUCGAGAUCUCGAUAGGGACUCGCGUUGAAUCGCCGCGACAGUGUAGGCGCGUUCGUGUUGCGCAGUAACGGAUAAUUAUCCGUUUAGGGAAGAUCUAAACAGGUGUGUGCCAGCCGUUGCUGAAGCUACCUCGGACAAAUGCGGGAGAUUUAAAGACAGACAAGUUCCGGACGAGGUCGAUGGACAGUGUAGUUGUGUGUCGCAGUGUCUUAUUUCGCGGUUGCGAACCACUUGGCUGCAUGCCGCGAUCAGCUGAAGUAGUCGACGUGCCGUCUGCCCCGCGGACUCGUGAUUAGAUGGUCCGUUUAUACGCCGUGGCAAUACAAGCUCCGUGAAGGACCACUCAGAAAAAUGAGCGCAGCCGUAGAAAACGGCGUGGAGGCCACGAAGCCGCGCGGAGUUUUCUCGAGGGCAUUCGCUAAACGGGCGCAGCCCUUCGAGGAAGCUCUCGCUACACUAAACCGUUUGAACAAAGAAGGUGAAGCACUUGCCCUCCAAGAUGAUCUCACAACGCACCCCACCUUGGCCUUGAUGCGUCGCAUCCUCGCAGAUGCACAGGCAAAAUUUCGCGUGAUGGUAGAGGAGAACGCAGCGACUGGCGCCCGGCUUGACGGGGAGCUGGAACGAGCUAGGGGCGAGUGCGCCACGCUCCGAGGCGAGCUGAGGGAUGUUCGCGGCGCUUUGCCCGUGGUGCUAAACAACAAUAACGGGGCUGGCAACAGCACCCCCGCUGCAGGCAAUAGCAACAACAACGCCACGGGGAGCGCCACGAAUAACAGCAAUCCUGGGACGCAGGAGACCAGCGAGGUUCAGCAGCAAUCGCAGGAGGAUGGCAAGAGGCUCAGCGCUGGCAGCAGCCCUGUGGAGAAGAGGAGUUCUGCCAGUGACAAGUCGGCCAGUCCUAUUGAUAAGAGAACCAGUCCUGUCGAUAGGAAGGAAAGAACUAGUCCUAUCGAUCGACGAGCCAGUCCCAUAGAGAAGCGCAAUGGGUCCCCGAGUCGCAGUCCAAGCGAGAAAGCACGACGACCAUUCGCCCCAGCUCUGGAGAAGACACGGCUGGGUGGCUCCGGGGGAAGCGUCGACUCUCGAUCGGGCAGCGCCAGUCCGGAUCGAGGAUCUACCAACAGAAGCAACUUCCUCCAUCGCGGUGGCAGCGAUCGAUCGAGCGUGGAGAGACUGCGAAUAUCGACGAAUCGCGACUCCCUGCGAUCCAGCAAGGAAACGAACGAUCACGAGAAGGAUAUCGACAAGGAUCUAGUGGAUGGCGAGGUGCGGGUCGAAGAGGACAAUGAACCACCUGGACCAGCCCCAGGCAGCAGACCCUCGUCCCCGGCUAAUUCCCUGGGGAUUGGCGAUCCGCUGGUAGCGUCCAGGUUGUCGAACAUGCACGGUAGCGGAGGUAGCAGCGGAUCCGUGGAGCUGGCUAGCACGAGGAGGCUACGACUGGAGAACGAACGCCUGGUAGCCGAAGUAGCAAGACUGAGGAGAUUGCUCCUGAGCGGAGCAGCUCGCGGUGAAGUCGGUUCCGAGGACGCAGCCCUCGAAGAAGAGGCGCGAUUCGUCGCCCUCGAGCUGGAGCUGCAGCACGCCAAGGAAGCUCUGCAAGUCCUCAAGGCCGAUCGAAAGAGGCUCAAGGCCGAAAAGUUCGAUCUGCUCAAUCAAAUGAAGGCACUCUAUGGCACUCUGGAGGACAAGGAACGAGAAUUGCGCGACUUCAUAAGAAACUACGAACAGCGGAUGCGGGAAAACGAGGCGACCUUAGGACGCCUUCAGCAGCAAGGAGUUGGCAUACCCUCGGAAGAACGUGAAAGGGAACGGGAAAGGGAACGCUGGAGUCUUCUAAGGGCAGCGAGGGACGAAGCAGAUCGAAGUCUCAGCCUGGCAGCCAGUUUGGCCGACAAAGAGGCCGCUCUUUCGCACGCACACGCGACUAUAAAAGAGUUACAGCGUCAAUUGGCGGAAAGAGGCGGGGGCGGUAUCUGCUUGAGCGACCAGGAAUCCUUGGUUUCGUUCCCGAGGGGCAGCGUGAAUGGAGCUGCGACACCGGGCGCAGGAAGUAGCAGCGGCGGUGGAGGCUGCGGUAUCAUCCCUCAUAUGAAUUCUCAACCGCCAUUAGGUAGCACAGAACUAGGAGUGAGCGUUGGGAACGUCGGCAAUGCGGCAGGUGUAGGCUCGUCAGGUGGACAGGCGGGUGAUCGAGGAAGUUGCAGCGCGGACAGCGGCGUCAGGGGAUCCAGCGACAGAGAAAGCGGCGGUGCCACCAGCGUGGGUGGAAACCUCUCGGAUUCGACCACAGACGGCACGCCGACAAUAACGGUCGAGGGAAGCGGUCUCGACAUGGACAGCAUCUCCGUGGUUUCCUCCAUUGCACCAUCCCACAUGUACCAGUCAGCGACCACGCCAAAAGACUGCAGUCCCACGUUGUCGCCCCUGAACGCGUUCUCCAGGUCUAUGGACAAUUCGUCCUUAUCGCGAUCGGUCGAGCAGCUGUCGAGCCCGCUGGAAUCGGAACCGAGGAGGAACAAAAAUCCACCUAUCACGGCACCUGCCGCCCAUUCGCGUUCUUCUGCGACUCGCGGUGGCACGUGGGGUUCUAUUUCUAGAGUAUUCGCACGGUCACGGCAUCGAAAGGCUGCAAACAACUCCAGUGGCGGCAGCGGUAGCAACGAGGGCUCCGACGGCUUUGAUCCUUAUAGAUCAUGGUCGCCUCUCACCGAGGAAGGUUACGCUGAGAAACUUCGUUUACUCAGAGAAGCCGCAUCCGUUCCUAUGGAGCGAUGGAGAGCACCCACGGUUCUGGCGUGGUUAGAGGUCGCUCUUGGUAUGCCGCAAUACGGUCCACGAUGCGCUGAAAAUGUUAAAUCUGGAAAGGUUUUGCUGGAGCUGAGCGACGCGGAAUUGGAAGCUGGGUUGGGCGUGACGCACCCCCUGCACAGAAAGAAAUUGCGUUUGGCCAUCGAGGAGCAUCGACACCCGAGUCUCGUUCGAUAUCCGUGCAUCGCUCAACUGGGUCACACGUGGGUCAGCUCAGAGUGGCUACCCGACCUUGGACUCGCUCAAUAUUCCGAGAGCUUCGCUACCAAUAUGGUGGACGCUCGGAUGCUCGAUCACCUGAGCAAGAAAGAGUUGGAGAAGCUUCUUGGCGUGACCAGGAAGUUUCAUCAAGCCAGCAUCGUGCACGGCAUACACUUGCUGAGGAUGUUGAACUACGAUCGCCAGGCACUCGCGGUUAGAAGACACCAAUGCGAGCAAGUCGACACGGAUCCUUUGGUGUGGACGAAUCAAAGGUUCAUUCGGUGGGCAAGGAAUAUCGAUCUAACGGAAUAUGCUGAGAAUUUGAAGGAUUCGGGGGUGCACGGUGCUCUGGUCGUGCUGGAACCAUCCUUCACGGGUGACACGAUGGCCACAGCCUUGGGUAUACCGCCUGCCAAACACAUGAUCAGACGACACCUGACUGGCGAACUGGAAGCCCUCGUCGUGCCAGCAAGAAGUCAGCUGGAGGUGGUCCCGAGGAACAGCAACCCAGGAAGCCGUCCGAUGAGCACCGUGAGCGCAGGCGGUAGCCUCGGUCGUGGAAGCAGAGCGUUGCAUCUUCAACAUCAUCAGAGCUCCCUGUCGGCCCUCCACAUGGCGGCCAACCACUCUGGCACGGUCGAUAGACGCAGAUCCAGCCUCAGGACCUGCAGUCUUCUUUACUUGAAAAAGUUGUCGUGGAAGAGCUCACAGGGAUCGUUGAGUCGGGCCUUCGGUCUGCGACCCAGGAGCGAGAAGGCCUCACCUUCGUCGUCGUCGGAUACGGGAAGCUUGGCGAGCCAAUACAUGAGCAGUGCUCGUAGCAACUCGCCGCCACCCCCGCAAUUGCCCCCAAGACCCAUCACAGGGAAUAAAAGACACCGUAGGGUGAAGAGCAUCGGCGACAUCGACUACAUAACGACAGCUGCUGUCAGCACGCCCGUUUGACAAGAGGGUAGGCCCCAGCAUCCGGGGCCUUAUAGAAGCUUGAGCGAGCGAGGCUACUCCUCGUCGUACUCCUCUCAGUACGGCUCGUACUCUGGCUACAGCAACAUUCUGCCUGGCGAUCAAUACCAGUAUCAACAAACUGGCAAUUACUAUCAGCUGAAGGAUGGUUAUUACUCGCCGCAGAGCACGGGACCGCCGUUUCCAGGCGUCCAAAGGUACGGCAGCCUCGCGGAGGAGACCUGGUCCUGCACCACGAAGGACGACCCUGCUGCUAAUCCGAAAACGAAUCCCAGAACUUACUUGGCUUGAUUAGCCUCUGGACUGUCUCUGCGAAGACGUCGCGAUGUUCUGUAAUUCGAAGGCAACGAGUCGUUAUGUCCCUCGACAGGUAGCUACAAUUCGUUCACGUUGAAGAUAAAGUGAUCGCAAACCGAUCGCGGAUCGAUGACAGUUCGUCGCGCAUGAAUUUUUCAUUUCGAAUGCCCUACGCAAGGAAUAUCGCUGUGAUGGAUUUUGAAAGAUGACGGUUAAAGAAUACCGAUCGUAAAGACAGUGUUUUAUCGAAGACUACGUACUCAAGAUUACAUAUAUUCUACGAUAAUCUGCGGCUUUAGGUUACAGAGCUACCUGUGCCUAACGCGACGAUCAGUUUUUUAUUCGUUAGUGUUCGAUCGACAUCGACGGAAAUGGAGAGCGUCUGUUUCGCACGUUUAAGAGCGUGACUUAAUUUAUUCUGCGUGGAUGACUUCUAUCGCGAUGGAUUUGAAUCCCAGAGUUUGCUGUACGUCUCCAAGUCGGAUAUAUAGAGGUCCGAGGGGACGGAAUUGACUGGACAACGAGCUGUUAAUUAGAUAUCGUUCGAAUAUGAAUACUGCUUGCUCGUAUCGAUUAAUCAAAUUUAAUAUUUUGAGAGGAAUUUGAUUUCUGGUCGAAUAUCCUGCGUGAUAGAACGCUCCGAACUGUAAAGUAUGAAUUGUGGAUAUCAGGAACGGUUUUAUGGAGCUUAAAUAACGCGAUGGAUGAAAUAAAACGGUUGGUAUCGCUCGUGCAGUUUGUAUCAGUAGUAUCAACAGUGAGAGGAAGCUUGAAACAGUUCGUAAUAAUUUAUGAAAAUUAGAGAAAAGGUCUAGGACGAAAUAUAAUUCAACGUACAUUAAUCGAAUCUACGAGGUUUUCAGAUCGUAAAAAAUAUUUGCAAAACUGUGUAGAAAUAGGUGAAUAUUUAUUAUUAAAACAUGGAAUUACAUUUAAAUUUAGAAACGGUAGUCGAAUAGCAUCCCUUAUCGAUGGAAAAAAUAGACGACAGUACAGUCGAGUCUGCUGAUCAUACUACUGAGUACAAAAUGAACAACAUUUUCGUGUUUAAAUGCGAAGAUUUAGCGUUAACUAGAAGGAGACACUGCGUACGUCGUCGUAACAUAACACGAUUGCUGCCAAAUACGAGGUCAAAAUGUCUUAAUUAAAUGUCUCAAUAUCCGGAACAUCAACGAAGAUAACACGACCAAUUAGAAAGAGAGAUCCUUAAACUUCAGCGAUAUACCUAUGAAUUCACAUGAUUUUCCAGUUGGAAAGUUUCGUUAUCUGUGAUCCGCAUCAGUGUUAACGGAACACUUGUUGCAAGACAUCAUUUUUUCGACUGUUUUCUAUGAAUCCGAAAUCCUUAAUCAAGUAGCAUCGUUCAGAAAUUAUUUGUAAAACUGUUAUUUCGGUUUCGGUACUGUAGGAUUCCUAGGAGCUGACGAUUUUUCAAGUAUAAGGAAGAAGUUAGUUUUUAAAACGAAGCGUAGCAACACGGAGGUGCAUCGUCUUAAGAGAUCGAACGAUACGUUUUUAGAGAAACCCCGAUAUAAUAAAAGACAAUUGACUGAUUAAUCGGAACAUGCGUUCGCGUAAAGAUUGCCAAUUGAGCGGAGAGGAAGUAGCAGGGGCUUCCAUCGAUAUUGUAUACAAAUAUUCAAAUCUGUUCGGAUCCAUAACCAACAUACAUUCCAGUUGCUGUUUGUUGCGAUUAAUUCACGGAAAACAAGAUAGACAAUGAUCUAUUCCGAUUAUCGAGUAAAUAGGAUAGAACGAAAUCCGACGACCAAGCGAAGUAACAAAUGACGUAUUCUGCAUUUUUGCGAUCGUACAUAAUCACGCUCGGUCUCCGAAACCUUCUAUUUUUUUUACGCACUUUCGUUAUCGUUUUCUAUGUUCGUGAUAUUUGUACAUAUACGCUAUACUCGAGGAGCUGAGAAUUCGUACGAGCGAAAUAUUUUUCCUUCAAACGCACACAGAGAGACAAUUUCUCGCAAUGAGUUUUUCAUAAGACAAAUCGAUAAAUUGUGAAUUCGUCAGAGAUUAUUUUUUUUGAGCUAAUGUCAGAGUCGAGUGAUCGUUAACUACACGUAAGCUGUAAUUUAUUGUAUAACUAUUAAGAUGAACACGUACACGAGCCGAUCAGUUGACGAUAUAUUUAUAAAAGCUAAUAUUAAUUAUUCUUAUUAUUAAAUAUUCUGGAUCUUCGAACACCCGAAAUGCCAGAGAGAUCCGAAUGCACGUCAGAAUUAAAUAUAAUUACACUUGUGUAACCGAUACAUUUUGUAGAUAAAAUUUAAAUAUUAAAUAUUUAUUCGUAGGUAGACGUUUCUUCGUAUUUAUGCUCAGUGGUAAUUUAUUUAAUUGGACAGUUUGACAAUCCGUGAGACGUUCGAUGCUGGAUCAGUAUUAUCGUCGUUUGUUACGGCUAAACGAUGGAUCAAUACUCCCUAAGUAAUUAUAUUUUUUACAUACCUAAGUAAUUUAUUUGAAUAAAUUAGUUUAGGUCUAAUUUAUUUGACGCGCACCGCAAAAUCGGCAUACUCUAACGUCAGCCCUCGAUAUUCGUAAUCGACUAAAAUAUUUUAACCGAAGAAAAUUAUAACAUUCGCUUGUGAAUGUCUAAUUGAUUACAUGACCAAUGAUCGAAAGAAACAUUGUAAAUGUGUUCAAUAUCGUCUGUAUAUAUUUGUGUGAGUGUAUCUAAAUAUUCGGGAGAAAUGAAAUAAACGAAUGCCUUUA